AUGAAGAAUUUUGUGCAGUCCUGCGACCAAUGUCAGAAGACCGGGAACAUUACUAGAAGAAAUGAGAUGCCACUGAAUUGCAUCCUCGAAGUAGAACUGUUCGAUGUAUGGGGAGUAGAUUUUAUGGGACCCUUUCCUUCAUCAUGUGGAAACUAUUAUAUCUUGGUGGCAAUGGACUAUGUGUCGAAAUGGGUAGAAGCCAUAGCUUCUCCUACCAGCAACACCAAAACAAAAUAUGGAGUUAGUCACAAAAUAGCAACACCCUACCAUCCCCAAACCAAUGGACAAGCGGAGAUAUCCAACCAGGAGAUCAAAUCGAUAUUAGAAAAGACAGUGUCCAAUUCCCGCAAAGACUGGUCAUUGAAAUUAGAUGAUGCUUUAUGGGCAUACCGUACUGCUUUCAAGACUCCAAUUGGAUGUGUAGAGCCUCCACGAGCUGGCCGUAAGCAUUUCAUGGGCAUGGAGGUGUCAUAG